AUGUCAAGUCCGGAUGAUUUCGAUACCGCUCCUGACGAGUUUGUUGAUGUGAGCGAUAACAUUGCUUUGCCAACAGAUACAACUGUUGAUACUACAACAGAUAAUACUUCAAAUAAUGCCGCUUCAAUAGCUUCAGAUGCUGGAACCGAAACUAGAAGAUUGAAUACAAAUAUACGUCACGACAACAGUAACAGUAUAGCUGGUAUUUUUCAAAAUUUAAAAUUUUAUAUUAAUACCGAACAAGAUGCCUAUGAUACAGUAAAUGAUAUUGAAACUUUAACAAGAUUGAUACAAUCUAAUGGUGGUACAGUACUAGAAAACAUUCCACAACAAAAUUCAAUUGAUUUUAGCAAAUUUUUCGUAAUCUCUCCAUAUAAUGAUACAAAACUAAGAACUGUUACCUCAACUUUUAUAAAAGCAUGUUGUCAAAAUAACACCUUAUUAAAUAUUGAUAAUUAUUUGGUCCCAUUCGAUGAAUUUAGAUCGGUGAUAGAUUCUCAAUUGGCAUCGCAGCAGCAGCAAGAACAAGAUGAAGAUGGCCAGCAGCAGUCAGAGAAACAACAGCACGCUAAUCAAAAUUUAUCCCAAGAACUAGGUUUAUCUCUUUCAGAUCCACAAUCACAAAAUCAUCCAAAUAUACAAACAGCCAACCCGGAUUCAAAUGCGUAUGGGAAUGAUAAUUCGCAUACUGAAAAUUCGAUAAAUUCUAUGCCAAUGCCCUCUCAAGAUCAGAAUGCUAAUAUUCAUCAAAAUGACAAUAAUAAUGAUAAUUUUGAUAAUUCAAAAACAAUUAUACAGCAAUCAUCAGUGCCUUCUCAUAAUAAGACAUCAUUUACUGAAGAGGAAGAUGAAUUUAUUUUGGAUGUGGUAAGAAAAAACCCAACUAGACGUACAACUCAUACAUUAUUUGAUGAAAUUUCUCAUUACGUACCAAAUCAUACGGGUAAUUCUAUAAGGCAUCGUUAUAGAGUAUACCUUUCUAAAAGAUUAGAGUUCGUAUACCAGGUGGAUAGUUCAGGUAAAUUGGUGAGAGAUGAAAAUGGUAAUUUGGUUAAGACAAAAGUGUUGCCACCUUCGAUUAAGAAGAAAUUUACCGCUGAAGAUGAUUAUAACUUGGCCAUGGGUAUAAAAAAACAAUUUUAUCGUGAUCUUUACCAAGUUGAUCCAGAUACUGGUGAGUCUUUAAUCCUAGAAGAUGAUUCCCCAGUAGCCAUUGCUAAAAGAAAAAUGACUAUGAUGCCAAAUCACAUUCCUGGAACAGAACCAAAUUUUCAAGAAUAUAAGGUUAAUGAACGUAGGGGCCCACUAGCAAGGGAAUUUUUUAAACAAUUUGGUGAGCAUUAUCCAAGCCAUACUGAGAAUGCCUGGAGAGAUAGAUUUAGAAAAUUUUUAUUAUCAUAUGGUAUAGAUAAUUAUAUUACCUACUAUGAAACUGAAAAGGAAAAUGGCAAUGAACCAGAGCCAAUGAAGAACUUUACAACAAGACCAAAAAGAUCAGCUUUGUCAGCUCCUGGAAAUUAUGGUUCAUACGUUAAAAAAUUGAAGUACAAUAAAUUGGAAGAAAAUGCAUCUGCAGUAGCUGCUGCCGCAGCUGCUGUCUCACCUGAUAUGAACUCUGACAACAACAAUGCCCAUAGUUACACAAUUCCAGAGAGUGAAUUAUUAGAUGAAGCCACAAUGAAUUUCAUCUCUUCGUUAAAGAAUGAUUUAUCUAAAAUUGAUAACAACAUACCAUUUGAAUAUCCACAAGAGAUUGCAGAAGCUAUAAGAAACGAUUUUACUAAUGAAGAAGCGGAGUUUGAUAAUAUUGAUCCUAAUUCCAUCCCAUUCCCUCCUGAAAUUGCAAGCAUUGAUUUGUUCUUACCGCAGUUCUUUAGAAUGGCAAGUACAUCAGAAUUUUUAGCCAAAGUCCAUGAGGUUAUUUCAAGAGAUUAUGAGCCAUCCCAAGCUGAAAAAUUAGUUCAAGAUUUGUGUGAUGAGGCAGGUGUACGCAAAACGUUCAGCACCAGUAUAUUAACAGCGCUGUCAGGUGAUUUAAUGGUUUUCCCACGAUACUUCUUAAACAUGUUCAAACACAACGUCAAUCCACCAAUGAACGUACCCGGUAUAUGGACUAGAGAAGAUGAUUCAAUGUUAAAAUCAAAUAAUGAAGAUGACAUCAAGUUCUUAAUCAACAAGCACGGUACAGGAAGAAUUGAAAUGAGAAGACGAUUCAUAGAAAAAGAUUUAAUCUAA